AUGCUACGCGCCGGUGCAUUUUUGUUCCCGCGGUGCAAAAGCGGGCCCCUGCAGAGAUCCGUCACGAACACGGUCCGAGGGUUCCGCAGCAGCCGUUCCACGUUGCUCGAGGGCAGCUCCCAGGGACCGCCGAAGUUCGACAUAUCAAAGCUGUCCCGGGAGGACAUCUCGCGGCUGCGCAACUUCCGAAUAUCGCAGCAGCGGCAGCGCAAGCAGCGGUCGAUCGCGCUGUACUUCACCAGUAUCGCGAUAUUCUUCGUCGGACUCACGUACGCGGCGCUGCCCCUGUACAGGGCCAUCUGUGCGAGAACAGGAUGGGGCGGGAUACCCAUCACUGACCGGCGGAAAUUCACAGACGAUAAGCUGAUCCCAGUGGACACUGGGAGACGAAUCAGGGUAUCCUUCACAAGCGAGGUCUCGCAGAUCCUCCCCUGGAAGUUUUCCCCACAGCAGCGAGAGGUGUACGUGCUCCCGGGGGAGACAGCUCUUGCGUUCUACAAGGCGAAGAAUAAGAGCGACAAGGACAUCAUUGGGAUGGCGACGUACAGCAUCACCCCUGGCGAGGCUGCUCCGUACUUCAACAAGAUCCAGUGUUUUUGCUUCGAGGAGCAGAAACUCGCCGCGGGCGAGGAGAUCGAUAUGCCCGUCUUCUUCUUCAUCGACCCGGACUUUGCGUCAGACCCAGCAAUGCGCAACAUAGACGACAUCAUACUCCACUACACUUUCUUCAGGGCCCACUACGGCGACGGUACGGCGGUCUCUGAGGCUGUGGCCAAGGGCGAACCUUUGACAAAAGACGAGACGGACAGAAUGCUCUCAAAUGCACAGAUGUUGUCGCCGGCGGUUGUAGAUACGAGAUCCAAAUAG